ACCAGGGUGACUCUCGUUAUAUAAGGUAAAGAUGGCAGCUUCCUAUGUGAGAGUGGGGAGGCUUUGUGCCCAGCUUGUUGCUUGCAACAGGCAGGUCCUAGUGCUGCAGCUCGGCUGCAGGUUCUACGGGCAAGACAGAGGUUUUCAGGAGAAGUUGGCAGGACGCCUGAAAGUGGGUAGCGCUGCCCUGGGCUUUGCAUUUGUGCUGGGUGGGACCCUGGGAUUGUACCACACGCUCAAGCACUACCUGCAGCAAGAGCAGCAUCAUGCCGAGCAGCAGGACACGAAGAAGUCCACUGCUGACCUGUCGCUCACUCUGUACCAGUACAAAACCUGUCCAUUCUGCAGCAAAGUCCGGGCAUUCCUCGAUUUCCACUCGCUGCCCUACAAGAUUGUGGAGGUCAACCCAGUUUUACGCAAGGAGAUCAAAUUUUCCAGCUACCGGAAGGUUCCGAUUCUGAUCGGGGACGAUGGUGAGAUAGUGCAAAUCAAUGAUUCCUCAGUUAUCAUCAGCGCUGUAAAGACAUUUUUAUUGUCCAGGCACAAAAACCUAACUCGGGUGGUAUCGUACUAUCCAGAGAUGAAAUCUAAAGAUGAGAAGGGGAAGGAGGUGGUUGAAUACAACAACAAGUACUGGGUGAUGCUGGAGGACCAGGAUGAAAAGCAAUACUACCCCACGAAGGAGGCCAGAAAGGAGGAAAUGAAAUGGCGUAAGUGGGUGGAUGACUGGCUGGUUCAUCUCAUUUCACCCAAUGUCUACCGCACUCCUGGAGAAGCUCUGGCGUCUUUCGACUACAUUGUGAGGGAGGGGAAAUUUGGAGUGUUUGAAGGAUUUUUCGCUAAAUAUUUUGGAGCUGCAGCCAUGUUCUUUGUCAGCAAGAGACUUAAGUCAAGACAUAAUCUUCAUGAUGAUGUCCGGCAGGAUCUGUACAAAGCUGCCGACCAGUGGGUGGCUGCUGUUGGAAAGCACAGGCCAUUCAUGGGCGGGGACAUGCCCAACCUUGCUGACCUGGCAGUCUAUGGGGUACUUCGAGUAAUGGAAGGUUUGGAGGCAUUCAAUGACAUGAUGGCAAACACCAAGAUCAAGGCAUGGUAUCAAAGAGUGGAGGAAGACAUCAAGAAAGGACAGGAUGUUGAGCAAUAAAUUGCUGCAGGAGCCAUUGAGAGAAUCAUGUGAAAUUUCUAUUGCAUUUCUCUUCUGUUAAUGGUUUUGGACAGACGAUACGAUCUGAUGUUGAUGAAGUGCUGUGAGAUCUGUAUGGAGAAAAGAAGCUAUGCUUUAACAACUGCAACCAUGCAACAGUCAUCCUUGGUUAAUCAAGGGGGCUUUUCCACUGCAGCAGGAAGAUUUUGAUGCAAUGCUACAUUUGUAGUUUAAAUGCUGCCUGAAUUGAGGAUUAGAGACUGACCUGAUACCAGAAAGAAAUUGGUGGAUGGAGUCUCACUCUGCUUUGCUUCAAACUCAGUUCAGGUUUAUUAGUGGAUUUAUACAUGCACAGUUUAGAUUGAUAUCGGGACACAGUAUUGGUGCUAAAUAUAAAUGCAACUGAAAAGGCACUUAAAAACAUAGCUUUAAAAGGCCCCAAAGGUUAUACAUUUAGCAGUGUGACGUUUGUGAGCAUUGAAGUAAAAUACAAAAUAAAAACUAGACAUCUCAAAGAAAUACAGGCUGUGCUGGUAAUGCAAGUAGAUUCAGUCUUUCUAUGGAGACAACAGACACGUUAAUGAUUGAGGUAUAACACUUAAUAUGAAUUGGUAAAAAUGAACAGCAUUUAAAUAGGAGCAAAACAGGGAAGGGGGAAACGCACACAAACACAUGAAUGGUAGAAUGUCCAUUAUUACUCUUUUCACUUCCCUUUAUGUUUCGAUUUUAGAUGCUGUUCGUUUCUCAGUUCUGUUGAAGGGUUACACCUGUAUCUGGGCAAGCAUUUAUUCGUAAGCCAACAACAACACUAAGGAUAGAAUAUCCUGGUCAUUUUCACAUUGGUGUUUGUGGGAGCUUGUGUGUAAACUGGCUAUCGCAUUUCCUAUAUUACAACAAUAAUUAUGUUUCAAAAGUACUUCAUUGGCUGUAAAGUGCUUUGGAAUAUCCCUGAAGACCUGAAAGGUGCAAUGUAAAUCUCUCUCUCUCUGCUCUCUUGCCCCUCUCUUUCUCUCCCUCCCCCCACCCCCUCCAACCCUGAGGUUAGUUGGAGGAAAACUACUGAGGAAGCUGCUUGUAAAUUCUGGCUGUCACACUCAGGGAGAGGCAAGGUUAUAAAGCUAAGAAAAACCAGCAGGAAAUGAAAUAUCUUGACAUUUGGAUCUGUAACAAAGUUUGAUAGAUCAGGUGCUGGAUGCAAGGCUGGUUAAUUUCUGUUUUAUCUGAGUGAGAGUGAAUUGAUGAGUUGUAUGGUAGGUAAAGUCCUUCAAAUUAAUAAUUUUAAUAGAUUUAUUAUGUCUACCCCAACCUGCCUUUCUCCUGUGCUUCCCCCUCUGGCUGUAUAUAACUAUUUUGGUUUUUGCUGAAGUUGUGUCCUCUUCACUUCUCUGUGGCAAGUAGAAAUGAGUUCCUGUUUGAAGGGAAAAACAGGUACAUCAGAAUCUUACAGGGCGUACUUGAGACCAUUUUUUUCUCCUAAACGUACCUUUGUCACAGGAGUAGGUGAAAAGGAAUUUCUUCAAACAAACCUUGGCGAGGUCUUAAUGGUUAAAGGGGAUCCCUGGCUACAUGUGUGUAGCUGGAUGGUGUAAGUAAUAUUUAAUAAAAAGUAUUAUGAAUUUUA